UGGUGAAAAGAAAGUGGGACUUGGAGAGAGUGAUGAAGAAUGGCCGGAAAUGCAUUUCAUAUGGAGGUUCUUACUAAAAGCAUCAAUGAGCUUCAACAAGAGAAAGCAAGGAAUGAACAGAAACUGCGGGAGGUGAGGAGCAAACGGAAAGCCUUGACCAAAAAAUUUGAGAGCUCUGCUGCAAGGCAUAACCAGUUGGAAGAGAAAAUCUCAAAGUUAAACGAGACCUUGAAGAUAGCACAACAUAAAGUUCUACAAUCUCAGACUGAAUUGGACGGUCAGCUGAAUUCAAAUACCAUGGUUCAAGCACAAGUACAGCACAUAGAAGAGGCAAUAAAGGAUACCAAAGAACAACACACCAAAGACAUAGAGGACUUUGAAGAACAUCUUUCACAAAUGGCCGACAAGUUUCAUCGCUCAAGACAUUUCUAUACAGAUGAGUCUCUUUUGAAUGAAAUUGAGCUGAUGAAACAAAAGGCACAAGAACUUGAUAAAGAAGUGGCAGCUGUAAAGACAGAAAGUGAGAAGAAGAAACAGCACAUUUCAGAAUUGCAAGAGUCACUCAAACAAACCAAAGCAAAACAGGAAGAGCAAGGACUGUUGGCAAAUGUGCAGAGAGAAGUCAUGUCCAUGUUGACUGCUGAAAAUGAGAGAAUUGAGAACUUCAGACUAGGCCUGUUGGAGAGAAAGGAGGAGGUUGAUAGCGUUCUGGAGAAGCUUAGGCAGUGGAAACCACCUCAUGAAGUCACUCAAGAGGAAUGAGGAAUGUCAUUGUAAUCAAAUUUAAAGGGACUAUUCAAAGUUGUUAUAUCUCUGAAAAUCCUGCCCUGUAAAAUAAAGAACUACCAAAAAUCGUGUCCUUGAAAGGACGAUCAUGAGUCCAUCACCCAAACACUUAUCACGUUCAAGCUUGUCUGAAGAAUUUUCUCCUGUUUUUAUUUGAUGGUUCACGAACAUCACUGACAGCAGUCAUCAAUUCAGAGCUGUGAACUUGCAGCUGCUUAACUCCUCACCUACUUUAAACAAGUGUUCCAGGUAGAAAGCCUAUGGUAAU